CUGUUCGUCACAGGAAACUACAAGAGUCUAGUAAAUAAAGCUGCCUGCCUCGGUGUGCAAUGCUAAAACACAACCACAGCAGCAUCCCACAGUGAUACCUGAAACUGAGCUCAACUACUGCUUCUCAGCUCCUCAAGACAACUAGCCUCUGAUCUUUACGGAAAUCACUCCAAAUUGUUUUCUAACUCGGCUAUCUUGAGUUUUCAGGCCUGUUGUAUGUUUAAAAGCGGACGUGCAAGUGAGGAGAUUUAUCUGCUUGUGAAAAAGGACUGUCAUCGUUGCUAGCCUGAAGACAAUGAGAGUGUGGUUCCCAACAGCAUUGUGUGCCUGAACUCUUCAGAGCAGUAGGCCAUGGGCAGUCGGCCCAGUAAAGACCGGCGUGGAUCCAGCGCACAUGCUGUUCUCUUGGACACGGACGAAAGCACUGACCUGCUGACCAUGGACAGUGGUAGAUUUGUGGUGGUGUCUCUGUAUGACUAUCCGUCGAGAGGUCCAGGUGACUGUGCCAUCAGAGUGGGAGAGAGGCUCAACAUUUUGUCAGAUGAAGGAGAGUGGUGGAAAGUCAAUUCAUCAGCCACCGGAAACGAGAGCUACAUUCCCAGCAAUUACACUGCCAAAGUCUACAACAGGUGGCAGUAUGUGGGUCUCAGCAAACAGAAAGCAGAGGAACUGCUAAUGCUCCCUCAUAAUCAGCCCGGCUCCUUCCUCAUCAGAGAGAGCGAGACCUUCCCAGGUUGCCACACUCUGUCAGUGCGUAGGAGCAGCUCGCAGGAACGCGCUUCAGUCAAACACUACCGUAUCAGCUGCAUUGAGAACGGCUGGGUCUACAUCUCUCCUGGACUCACCUUCAGGAAUCUCUCAGACCUGGUCGCACACUAUUCAGAAGUAUCGGACGGGCUGUGCUGUACUCUGGGGGAGCCGUGCUAUAUCAUUGGAUCCAACAACGUUCCUGUGGUAACCGGUCCGCCUCCAGUGGCUGUGAAGAGGCCUACAAUAAACUGGAAAGAUGUGAACAGCUCCAUGAUCUUCAGCCAGAGCAAAGGCGACGCGGAGGAGUCUCUAGUGAGCGAAGGCCUGAAGGAGGCCAUUAACUCGUACCUCUACAUGACGGAGGAAUGUGAGGACUGCUGUCAGCUCUGGGACACAUGAGCAAAAGACUGUCGUGAGACAUGGAGGACGAGUGUUUGAAUGACGUAGGACUCUCAAUGCUGUGAUACGGGAUAAAACACUUUACAGAAA